GUUUUGAGACGAUCCCUUGCCACAGUUCCAAGCGUCUGUCUGAUGGCUUGUGUGGCGAAUAGUAAACAUGUUGACAGAUUUCUGAGCCCCUACACACAACUGAUUGCCAUAGAUUAAAGAAACAUCGCACAUGAAAAUGGCCAAACAUCGAGUGCGCUACACCAAGCUCGACACUGAUCCUGUUGACUUCAAAGAUGAUCUGGAGUCGGUGUCGUUGAUGCGGGAGGAUUCAGAGGAAGAAGUCUUGUACACUCAAGUUAAUGGGCAUGGGGCUGGGAAAGGGGCCACAUUCACUGCUGAGGAGGGUGUGGAGUCCAUCGGUUUUGGAUUCUUCCAGAUACGCCUUUACGUCAUAUGUGGGCUUUUCACUGCAGCUGAUUCAAUGGAGAUGAUGUUGUUAGCUGUGCUGUCACCGGUACUGCGGUGUGAGUGGCAGCUUGAACAGUUUCACGUCGCCUUUAUCACCACUGUUGUGUUCAUCGGGAUGUGUAUAAUGGCUCCCAUCUGGGGUUACAUGGGGGACAAGUUUGGCCGGCAGAAGACUCUGUAUAUGGUGGCGAUAUGGAUCGGCUACUUUGGCCUGCUGACGUCAUUUAGUCCGUCCUAUACGUGGGUCCUCAUUCUUCGCGGCCUGGUUGGAGGAGGCAUGGCAGGAUCGCCACAGUCGUUCACAUUGUUAACAGAAUAUUUGCCAUCCAAGUACAGGGCCAAACUCCUUAACAUAUCUUCAAUAAGCUGGGCGUCUGGGACGAUGUUUGAGAUUGUUAUAGCCUCCAUUGUGAUACCGACCCUCGGCUGGCGAUGGCUUUUAAUCUUCUCAGCCAUCCCAUCACUUCUCAUUGUGGUACUUCUCAAGUAUUUGCCCGAGUCAGCGCGAUAUCUCGUAGCAGCAGGAAGGAAAGAGGAGGCUCACGAGGUCCUGGCAAAAGCUGCGCGACUCAACAGAAAUAGUCUCCCAGAGGGCAAUAUUGUGAACGCACCUGUAUCAGAGCAGGGUAACCCCCGGGACCUAUUCUCCCCGGCAUACCUCCGUACCACGAUCCAAGUGUGGAUUCUCUGGUUUGGGACAGCCCUUUCAUAUUACGGCAUGGUGCUAGCUAGUGCUGAGAUUCUACAGAUAAGAAAUGCUCAACAAUCAGGAGAGAAAUGCAAGUGCAAUCUGUUAAAGAAAGACGACUAUACCAGUAUGAUUGUUUCCACCCUAGGGGAGUUUAUUGCCCUGCCCCUCAACGUACUCCUGAUAGACGUGAUUGGGCGACGCUGGACGGGUGCAGUAAACCUGUUUGGGUGCGGACUCUUCUUUAUCCUCCUCCAGUGUCCCGUGCCCCAGGCUGUACUCACCACUUUCAUAUUCCUCGUGCGUGGGUUCUCGUCAGGAAUGUUCAACUUUGUCUACAUUUACACAUCAGAGGUAUAUCCGACGUCUAUACGGACCCUGGGUAUAGGUACAGCCUCGUCGUGGGCGAGAGUGGGCGCCAUGAUUACUCCUUUUCUGGCCCAGGUAUUGCUAGACUAUUCACUGACAGCUGCAGUCUGGGUGUAUGGCAGUAUCGGCUUGCUGUGUGCCGUUUGUGCAGUCACUCUCCCCAUAGAAACCAAGGGCAGGGAACUCCCACAAUCAAUAACUAGAGAAAUAGAGCCAAAUGAGGACUAGUACGAGGCAGGGAGCACUUUACAUCCAUCGGAGCACCUAAUGAGCAAUGAAAAACGUUCAAAUGGUUUCAGGAAGUUCUAUUAGCUGCCUUGUUUCCUGUUCUGAAUCUUAAAAUGAUUUCAUUCCUCAGUUCCUGGUUCCAUUUAGGGCUUGUAGAACCAGUGGGAACAAUUACCUGGUGGAUUUGUGCUGACCAGAGGCCUUAUGAUAUAUAUUUAUAUAGAUUGAUUCAUGCUGUCUUGCUUUUUAAUAAAUGACAUGUAAAACAUAUGUUAUAUUCAUUAGUUAAUUUUAAUUUUUGCGAAAAAGGACAAUGACCAUUCUGCUCUUCAUAUUGUUAAAAAACAAACAAAGAGGGAGUUUACAUGUUCUCCAAUGACUUCAUAUGAUUAGCAAUGUCUCCAUAGGUCCAUUAGACAAUUCAAUUGCAUAAUAGUCAUUUUAUUAAAUUUUUUUCAAAUAUUUCAUUUUCAAACUGAAGCAAAAGAAAAAACUUAUAAAUUGCUGUACAUGUAACUCUGUCCUAUAUUUUGAGAGGAUUUCACCUGUUCUACUCACCAUAUCAGGUUUUAUUAUAAUCUGAUAUAGCACUCAUAGGACUGGCAUUGGCCAUGUUUUGGAUGGGUUGUAAACCAGAUCGUGUUCAGAUAAACAUGCAUGUUAUUGCUCAUGUUCUUAUUUACAAUGUAUAUGUCCAAAGAUUAUUGUUAAUUUUCUUCACUUAAGCUAUAUAUUAAAGCAAUUUACAUAAUGUCAUGAAAUGUUUUGUUUUAGUAGUUAAAAGUUAUACAUUUUGUGCUCUUGAACUUUCCUACCUCGUCUGUUUUUUAAAGAAAAUGAGAGAAGUGAUUAUUUUGUAACUUUGGUGGCGUAGCAGCGUGCAAAGCCUUAACAGAUGCAUAACACAUAAACCAUUCAGGAAUUCAUAUGAUACCUAGUACACAUAUUAGCACAGACGAGACCUAUGUAGCAAGACUCAUAACUCUGUUGUUGAUUAUUGUCAAGUAAGCAUAUGGUCUAAAAUUAAGUUGUGCAUGAACUUUUAACCUUUGGUGCAUCUCAGAAUCUGUUCAAGAUAUUUGCAUGAAACUCUGUACACAUAAUACCAGUGACAGUCACACAUGUAAUGCAAGGCUUUAAACUCUGGCUGAAAAUAUGUUGGGUAUUUCCCAUUGAUCUAUGAAAAAUCAAAUGAGCAAUGGCAUUCUCUUGCGAUGCUCUUCAAUUUACGUAAUUAUACAUAAAGAAAUGGUAUUUAUCUCCUAGUACAUGUUACUGUAGGUGAAAAUGUAAUGAACUGAAAAUAUAUCUUACAUGUAUAUGAAUUCAAUAUCCAAAUAUUUUCAUGGAGUUAUAAUUAUACAAAUAAAUAUUAUUGUAUUAUAUAUGAUUGAUAUUUAUGUGAAAAUAAUUUAUUAUUGUUAAAAAUCAAAUUGAUGAAAUUAAUCUUUAACACUUUAUUGAAAUUGUUAUAUUUUGUUACACUGAGAUUGUAUACUGUUAUGAUGAUGACUUAUGGCCUUGAAUAAAACAUUGAAGGGUAA